AUAAGACCGAAUCAGUCUGUCUGCAGUGUUCCUUCACCAUGGACAAAGCUAGCAUUUUGGUUCUUCUCUCCUCAGCACUUGUCUUCUGCCAGGGUGCGCCUGUGGAUCACGGCGGUUCGGAUUCUCAUUGUCCGUUAACCGUAAAGAUCUUGGAUGCAGUGAAGGGCAUUCCUGCUGGAAACGUGGCACUUAAGGUCUCCCGCAAAGGCACUAAUGGGACAUGGGAAAAGAUAAGCAGCGGGACAACAGACAUAGCUGGUGAGGUUCAUGAAAUUAUCACAGAGCAGGACUUCACACCUGGUGUAUACCGUGUGGAGUUUGACACCAAAAACUACUGGAAGGCAGAAGGUCGCGCACCUUUCCAUGAGGUUGCCGAUGUGGUGUUUGAGGCUCACGCUGAAGGCCAUCGCCACUACACUCUGGCCUUGUUGCUGAGCCCCUUCUCCUACACUACUACAGCUGUAGUGGUCAAAGCACACGACUGAAGAUGCAGAUUUAAGAUGCAUCUUAACAUCACAGAGCGUAAUGCAGUGAACAAACCAGCAACGCAGUGAACAGACUGGCAAAACAAAGAUCUGGAACCAGGAUUGUACAUGUCAGUUCUAGCAGUCACCAUCUCAAGACAUCCUGCUUCUGAAACUGGUGUUACAGCAAAAGUGGACCCUCAGAAAUGGAGUAACAAAGACACAGAAGAAAGCAUCCUCCUGAUUUUCUGCUCCAGUUCAUCAAUCAGACGCUUCAGAGGUCUACAUACACAUAUCUCCAGAUUCAAAUUAAAACUUCUGAAAAAUAA